AGCGGGACGGACACACACUGAACUUCUGGCGCCGGGAAAGGGCAAAGGGGGAGAAGCCGCUGAGCCUCAGAGAGUUUACACCCGUCACUCCUCAAGAGACCAGGAAUGGAGAGUUUUGUAUCUCAAAACCUAGAGCUUUUGCAAGAAGAAAGAGAGGCUGAAAUUGAAGAGGCGAGGGCCUGGCAGGAAUGUGUUUCCCUGAAGGAGCUCCAGCGGCGAGGCGUGUGCUUGCUGAAGCUGCGGAUAGUGAACCAGAGGACGGGCCUGUACGGUCGCUGCUUGGUAACCUUUGAGCCAAGGAAAUUCGAGACCAACGCAUUACUUCCCAGCAAUGACUUCGGACCUGGGGACAUUGUGGGGCUGUAUGACUCUCAGGGAUGUGGUCCGUCCGACCAGCUGGCAUCGGGCAUUGUCACGCGUGUCACGCAAAAAUCAGUCACGGUAGCCAUUGACGACACCAAUGACCAGCUAACCCUUGACGACGAGAGUUCCUAUAAACUUCUGAAACUGGCGAACGAUGUCACGUACAAAAGACUGAAGAAGGCUCUGAAUGCUUUGAGCCAACAUCACGCUGGGCCGGCUUCCAAUUUGAUCGGGGUCCUGUUCGGCACCUCCGAGCCAAGCACUCCGUCAGGAAACCCACCAAGCCUGGCGCUUUACAACCCACGACUGGACGGCUCACAGAGGGAAGCCGUGCAGUUUGCUCUGUCGCAGAAGGAGGUGGCGAUCAUUCACGGCCCCCCCGGCACAGGGAAGACCACCACGGUGGUGGAAGUGAUUCUGCAGGUGGUAAAGCAAGGCCUGAAGGUGCUUUGCUGUGCUCCCUCCAACGUUGCUGUGGAUAACCUGGUGGAGCGCCUGGCAUCGUUUAAAGCGAAAGUCUUGCGUUUGGGGCACCCGGCUCGACUGCUUGAAUCGAUACAACGGCAUUGCCUGGACGCUGUCCUGGCGCACAGUGACGGCACGCAGAUAGUGAUGGAUAUCCGGAAAGACAUCGAUCAGGCCUUUAGCGGAAUGAGAAAAGCCCGAGACAAAGGGGAGAAGAGCUGGCUUCGUGGCGAGAUCAAGGGCUUGAAGAAGGAGCUGAGGGAGAGGGAGGAAGCAGCCAUGGUCCAUAUACUCAAACGGGCAGAGGUCAUCUUGGCAACAACCACAGGAGCCUCCAGCGACGGACCCCUGAAGCUGCUGCCAGACGACCAUUUUGACGUGGUGGUGAUUGAUGAGUGCGCUCAGGCACUGGAGGCCAGCUGCUGGAUCGCGCUGCCCAGGGCUCCCAAGUGCGUCCUGGCCGGAGAUCACAAGCAGCUUCCGCCGACCAUCAAAUCGCGCAAAGCUGCGGCGAACGGUCUGUCGCUCAGUUUGAUGGAGCGGCUAAUCGGGAGGCACGGGGAGGGGGUGGUCCGCAUGCUGACCGUGCAGUACAGAAUGCACGCCUCCAUCAUGCACUGGGCUUCCGAACAGAUGUACCAGGGUCGGCUCUUGGCUCACGAGACUGUGGCCCAACAUUUGCUGAAGGACUUGCCCGGAGUCGCCUCCACAGAGGAGACAGAGAUUCCGUUGCUUCUUGUCGACACUGCGUCCUGUGGCCUCUUUGAGCUUGACGAGGAAGAUGAACAAUCUAAAGGAAACCCAGGUGAGGUUCAGAUUGUGGCAGCUCACAUUCAAGCCCUGACCGAGGCUGGCGUCCAAGCCAGGGACAUCGCUGUAAUAGCGCCAUACAACCUGCAGGUGCAGUUGCUGAGGAAGGAGCUGUGCGACCAGCAUCCAGAGCUGGAAAUCAAGUCUGUGGACGGCUUUCAAGGGAGAGAAAAAGAGGCCGUUGUCCUGUCUCUGGUGAGAUCCAACAGGAAAGGCGAGGUUGGCUUCUUAGCCGAAGAUCGGAGAAUCAAUGUGGCCGUGACCCGGGCUCGACGCCAUCUAAUGGUGACCUGUGACACCCGCACGGUCUGCACCCACCCCUUCCUCAGGUCGCUGGUUGACUACCUGACCAAUCGCGGGCAAGUGCGGACCGCGUUCGAGUACCGCGACGAUCUGGUGCCCGAGAACUACACCCGGGAGAGCCCGCAGGCUGAGGGGAGGACAGCCACGCGCGCGCCGGGAGCACCGCUGAGCGUUAACCGGAGCGUGGGCGGCCAGAGAGGUCCAGCGGCCGGGAAGCCGGCCCGGGGCAAAGCCAAAGCCACGCGAAGCAGCAAGCAAGGUGAUGGCGCGACACAGCAGCCCCCUCUGGAGAAGAGGGACGCGGCUUCGGACUCGUUCAGACCCACCAGCAGCGCGGCCGUGAGGGACAACUCCACGGAGCUCAGGCUCAGGGAGCAGAUAACCAGGUUCGCCGAGGAUGAUGCGAGCCAGAGGCUCCAGUUCCCACCGUCCCUGAAUUCUCAUGACCGGCUGUUGGUCCACCAGAUGGCAGAGGAGCUCGGGCUUCAGCAUUCUAGUGCAGGGGAAGGCAAGGAACGGUUCAUCGUGGUGGCCAAGCCGGAUUUGUCGAGAUCGGGAGCCCAGCUCAACAGCGUCGCGGACACUAAGGGGCAGGAAGCCUCUCCGAUCCCCUGCAGUAAUUCCGCCCCGGAGACCCAGGCAGAGCAAGGACGGGAACGUCAGAGCGAGGAGGACGCGCUGGGAGUUCCUCCUCCUGCUUCUCCUCCUCCUCCUUCUCCUCCUCCCGGGCUGGAUCUGAAGAGACUGCAUGAGGAACGCAUGCAGAGGGAAGGAGCCAGGCGAGAGGAGAGGAGCAGACAAAAGCAGAACGUGGGCACUGACAGACCCCAGAAAGCGGACAAGAAAAAGAAGCAUGCGGAGAAGGGGAAAUCUCGUGCGGCGAGCGGCGAGGAGGAGGAUUUCGAAGCGCUUAUUGCCGCCACCAUCAAAGAGAACAGCACCUGCGCCUUUCUGAAGUGUAAGAGCAGCGUCCUCUCCAUCGGGCAGCACUGCAUCCACUGCAACAGACACUUCUGCUUCAGCCACCACAUCCCAGAGGUUCACGGUUGCACCGCGAGAGCCAAAGCUCACGCCCGGAAAGUGAUCAGCCGGGAAGGCGUCCUUUAUGCCGGCAGCGGCACCAAAGACCACUCACUCGACCCGACCAAGAAAGCCCACCUACAGAGGCGGCUGGAUAAAAAAAUCGAUCAGCUGGCCAGCAAGCGGACUGCUGCAAAGGAGAAAAAGUGACUGUUUGAGCAUCUCUGACAACUAUUUAAGCGAUCGAAAUAUGCACUCUGCGCGCUUUCAAAGGCUCACGCAAGGUAAUAUAUGAACUCAACUCUGUUUAACUUAAACCACGCAGAAUGGAAAAUAAAAUAAAAUGACUUUUUUAAAAAA